AAAUAUAUCACUUUCUAGAUUUUAAUUGAUUCAAAAUGUCUUCCAUUUCAGUUAUGAUCUCCACUUUGGGCCUCAUCUUGAAUUUCAUGUGCAUCGCCUUGGCCUUCGACGCUAGUCCUCUGCAAGAUUUCUGCGUUGCGGAUUCAACAGGCAAAGCAUGCAAGGACCCUAACACCGUUACCCCAAACGACUUCUUCCUCAGCGGCCUGCAUCUGCCCGGAAACACCUCGAAUCCGUACGGCGCCGCAGUGGCUGUUGCAUCUGCAGCCACGGUGCCGGGCCUCAACAGCCUCGGCCUCACAUUCAUGCGCGCGGAUCUGGCGCCAAACGGCUUCUUCCCGCCUCACUACCACUCGAGGGCGACGGAGUUGGUGGUUGUUCUAGAAGGUUCCAUGGAAGUGGGCUUCAUAACCUCGUACCCUCAGUACAAAUACUACAGCAAGAUUCUUCAGGAAGGCGACGUCUUUGUCGUCCCCGUCGGCCUCGUGCACAACGUGCGUAAUGUCGCCAAGGGGAACACCGUUGCAUUGGUCGCUUUCAACAGCCAGAAUCCCGGGAUUACGAAUCUUCCCAACGGGAUUUUUGCGGCCAAACCCGCCGUUGACAGCGUUUAUCUUUCAAAAGCGUUUCAGUUGGACGUCAACACUAUUGUGCAGUUGCAGAAAAAGUUCUACAUGUAAUUAAACAUUUAGUAGUAAUUUUCGUAGUCGAAUAAUCCUAUGUUUUUUUUCUGGAAUAGCUACAUUCAGAUCAAUUUUUAAG